AUGUCUUCCGCCGAUGCCACUGAGCCCAAGGUCGAGCAGACCAACACUGAGGCCCCUGGUGCCUCCGUGACCGCUUCCUCUGUAUUCUCCAUGUUCGGCGGUGGUGAGAAGAAGGAGAAGAAGGAGGAUGAGGACCGUGGCGACAACUCUGGAAGCGCAAAGGCUCAGCGCGAUGCCAAGGGCGAUGAGGAGGAGGCCCCCCAGAGCGAAGACGUUCACUUCGAGCCCGUCGUCAAGCUGACCGAGAAGGUCGAAGUCAAGACCAACGAGGAGUCUGAGGAGCAGCUCUUCAAGAUGCGCGCCAAGCUGUUCAAGUUCGUCAAGGCCGUCAAGAAGGAUGGCGAGGAUGCCCCCGCCUCCUCUGGCGAGUGGAAGGAGCGAGGAACCGGCGACGUCAGACUGCUUAAACACAAGGAGAACGACAAGGUCCGCCUGGUUAUGCGACGAGAGAAGACGCUCAAGGUCUGCGCCAACCACUACAUUGUCCCCGAAAUCACCCUGUCCCCCAACGUUGGCUCUGACCGCAGCUGGGUGUGGAACGCUGCCGCUGAUGUCAGCGAGGGCGAGCCCGAGGCUGUUACCCUUGCUAUUCGAUUCGCCAACUCUGACAAUGCCAACCAGUUCAAGGAGUCCUUCCUGAAGGCCCAGAAGGACAGCGAGCACCUCUUCAAGGCCGCUGCUGAGGAGGAGACCAAGGAGGAGGAGAAGACUGCUUAA